AUGGAGAGAGUUCAGUUGUUCUACGAGAGGACGUUCUGGUGUAACCUCGAUGUGUUCAAGUGCUUCCAGGCUGCCAUCGCCAUCGCAAAGCGAGGCUUCAAUGUGGAUCGAUGCUUUACUGGCAUCUCCCCAGGCGGCGUGGGACAAAGUCUGUAUUCACAUCACCUGUCCGAGAUGUAUAAGCAUAACCACAGUUACUUCGACCCGAACAUUUGGCAUCUCGACGAAGAACUGCGAAAGCAGGUCGAGUCAUUCGCCAAAUGCUUUAUCCUCACAGGUCAAGAAGCACCCGAGACAAGUAGAAAGCUCCACAUUGAUCUAUACAAGAAAAUGAUGUCGGGAGAUGGAAUUAUGGCACGAAAGCCAUAUGGCUAUAGUACCCGGAUGUUCCAGACGAUCGGCUGGACGCGGUUGGAAGUCAAUAAGAUGAUGGCCUUUCUUGGCGUGACGAACGCCAACUUCAACUCGAUGCUUCGCCGUGCAUUUGUUUGGAAAGCCAAGGCCCGCUUCGUCCAUGAGAAGUUUCUCAGGAACUACAAGGACCAUGAGAAAGACGGCGUUUUCGCGGCUGACCCUAGCCUGUGCAAGUUCCUUUCCUCCUCCCAGGCAUCCAUCGCGGGGCUGAAGUUACAGUGCGCGUUCGAAGUCGACCGUAACAAGGAUGACUGCUACCAGCUCAUCGAAGACUAUUGCAACGGAGGUGAUGGUCACUUGACGGAGGACGUCAUGAGAGAGGCCUGUGGUCUGCCUAUGCGAGUUCAUCAAUUACAAGAGCAAGACGACGUGGGCAAUCUCCUCGCAGCUGGACAGGAAAGUGCCGAUGAGCGAGAAGAAAAGGACAGCGAAUGGGUAAACCUCCGGAACCAUCUCGCGAUGCACAUGCUGGACAAGGAUAUGGAGCUCAUGACCUGGUACGAGUUCAAGAAGGUCGCCUGCAAGCCUGGUGAGCACCCGAAUCUGUCGAAAGCAGAGAUGUGGGAACAGUUAAAGGAAAAGGGUGUAGUCCGCACCGCACUUGUACGGCAGAAGAGCAGCAAGGAGAAGCCUGGUGCGUACAUCCCCAUGAUGACCUUCUCAAAGCAACAUUGCGACAUCUGCCCACAACGUUCAUUGGACACCAUUCACAUGCAAUUCGACGAGGAGGUCGACAUUGGUCUGGCUAGAAAGUAUGCAUACGGUUGUCGAGGCCGCAGCAUGAACAUUGACACCAUGAAGGCAUUCUACAAGUCAAUGCUUCCCGUUGCCAAGAAAGGCCGUCGUACCGCGGAACAGGAAGAUGUCAUGCAGACCUACCACAAUCACCUCCGAAAGCUGGAGGAUCAUGAGAAAGCUCUCACCAAGCUCUUGACCACCCGGCAGGGAAGACGGUUGCGUGCAAAGAGAUCCGUGGAGGGCGACGAUCCUGUGUCACCACAACAUGGGUUGCCGGAUGGCCGGGAGUAUGUGUCCUUGAAGCACAGUCGAACCACAUCAUAUGGCUACUCGGAGAAACAGCCGUACACCGUGCGAGCUAGGCGUUACGCUACCACCGAUGGAGUCCAAUCUAUGUCACGCCGACUACAACUUCACGUCGUAGACGGCCACACCAUUGACUUGGACAUCCAGAAUUGUUGCCUUACGUUGUUGCAGCAGAUUCUCGCUCAGACUGCUCCUCAGCCGGCCAUGCCCGAUGAUCUUGCUCAACUUCUGGACCGUCUUGCGAAAGAUCGGACAGGAGUCCUACAGCAACUCGGUCUUAACAUAGUGGAGGGCAAGGAAGUGAUCAACACCGUCCUGAACGGCGGCAGUCCGCCGACAUCGUUAAAGGGCAAUGCAGUCGUGAAAGGUAUCCAAAAGAUUUCCCUGUACGUCAGAUGGGUAGCCUGCAAUCUCCUUCAUGCUGAUUACAUGUCACUCGCCGAGCAGAAGCAAAAAACUUUCCCAUCGUCCGCCAUUCUAUCUCUCUUGUGGACGUCCGUGGAAGACAGGAUACUACAAAACUGGACCGAUCACAUUUUGAGUCAUACCAACCAGCCCAAGCACUUGUCCCUCCACUUCGAUGGGGGCCGAAUAUCUGCGGAUCAUGUUGGAGCUUUGCAGGAUGAUUUCAUCAGGGAGUGCGAGAAUGCGAUCUACAAGAGGACUGGUUUCCUGGUCAAGAUUGUGUCGAAGAAACAUUUCACUUUCAUGGACCUGGUGAAGAAUAGAAGCACGCAUGGCAAUGCACUCACAAAUGUUCCCGACAUUAUGUUCCAGCCGGGCAACUGCAUACCGUGUGCGUUGUGGCAUGUGGUUCCGCUUUCGCGAACAGCAAUCGUCGCAGCUGUGUCCAACACUUCAUUGCCUAAGAAUGUGGAGGCCAAGAGUGUUGGAUACAGAGACUAUCGGUCUGUCGCAGCCAUGUGUUCCGUGGAUUUGAGCAGCUGUCUGGGCAUGCCAAGUGCACAUGUGAAAGCCUUCAUGAUACACUACGAAGGCCACGGUCUGCCACAUAGCAUCGCCGUCCGGGUGAGUGCCUCUGGGAAGGACGUGACCAUCAUCGACGGAGCGACAGUCUACAAAUUGGACAUGGCGACUCUACACGAAAUACACUGUGCGGCAGUCGAUCACUCCACCAUUGUGUCCUACUGGAAGAAGGAUCCCCAGGACAAAAAGGACGACAAGUCGGCCACGCUGUUGGACAUGGUGGCGGGAGCGAGAGAUGUCGCUGAAGAUCUGGACGAGGAUUCUUCACAAGAUGUCUCUGAGGUUCGUGCCGUGGAGAUGCCCAACACACUAUCCUUCGACGAAGACAAUGUUCCUGUCUUCAACGACAACAUCCUAGAAUCAUUGAAGAAUGAAACCAGCGACAUCCUCAAUGAUCUACAAAAGAAAUCGAUGAGAUCCGAAGGAAGACGACAUUGCCCGCCAUGUCCUUUCAGGUCGUUCACACAGCUCCGGCUGCUGCGGACCCACAUUGCAAAGCACCACACCAAGAAGAACCAGUAUGUAUGUUCUGGAACAAAGCAAAUUAAGGUCACACUGGCUAUCUACGACCACGCUGCAUCAUCGCAGAGAGUGGCUGUCAAUCUACUGCAAGAAAGUGCUAUGAUCAUCCGACAGACGGUGCAGCCGCCUUUGCAUAACAGCCACAACAGCAUUGACAAGCAGAUCAGACUCGUCUUUGACGCGGCUGGGCCCAAGUAUGUGAACGUAUCCAGCAUUGGCAGCGAUCUGCAAGUCCGGACCGUUUCCACUCGAUGCCACAUGGCAGCUCUUGAAUCUGGUAUUGUCCUAUCCAGCCUCUUUCCCCGUCGUUCCCCUCAUUGGAUGCCUAUGUUGGAGGACAUUGUCACGGCACCGAUUUUCCUCAAAAAGAUGGAGGAUAUGAACAAAGUCCUGCUGGAGCAAGAUGAGUGGCACUACAUAAGCAUGGACGCCACCCUCAAAUUAUGCAUGAAGUUAAUGGGUCAAGCUUCAUAUCGCUCUCCAAAGUCAGUUCGCAAUGAGGCGCCAUUUGGGAAUGACGUAGCAUGGAGAAGACUCCUGACCGUCAGAGGUCGAACUGGUGCGGUCCUGCUUUUGCAUCCUCUCCAGAGUGAGUCUGCGGAUCAAGUCGUCGAUGCCAUGGCGCAAAAUUUCUCGACAGAGCAACUUGGGGCAAAGCUGUUCAAUGAGUUGAAGACAAUAUGUCCAUCCAUGAGAUCACUUGUUCUGGAUCCAAUCCAUUUGGCUAUUGUCUAUGAAUAUGGCUUUUGGAACAAACGCAGCCCGGGAUCCAAACAACUUCGUCGGAUUCUUCAGAAGUGCAUUUCGAUUGAUGCUGACUUAGGGCAUGAUGCAUGGGGAACUUUCUACGACGGCACGAAUGCCCGCCCGCUGACUGAGGAGGAGAUGAAGUACCGAGAGAUGAUAUCAGGUUCAUUUAUGGACUCCAGGGAAUGUAAUGGCAUGCUGGACAACUUGGAUACGAACGUUCCAUUCGGUACUCGGUUGGAGUUCAUCCAGUGCCGUGCUGCUUUGUGUCGAAGAUACCCGGCAGAGGUUAAUAGGAAGAUCGCCGGUGCUAACAAGCAGAUUAGUAAAAUUCUUUGGUCGGCUUGUGCACCCGAUCGUUUGGAGUGGCUAAUGAACAACCUACGAGUCCGACAUGCUUUGCCGUCGUCCUACCAAUGGUUCCUCCCAAGUGGAACAUCUAGCAACGAGGCCUUGCAUGCUGAGAUAAACUCAUGGUCUCGAAGCACCAACGUGAUUCACCGUUCUACUCUUGGAAUGAAGUUGAAGUAUUUCAGUUACAUCAAAUUGCUAUUGCACUACCUGUCAGUGCGAUACCCUUUAUCACACACAGUCAGUGCAAGCAUGCUUCUAAGCAGAUCGCUGCACCGAUCUCUGUGGAGCGAAGACGACUGGAACGUGUGGUGUGCCGAACAGUCAUCGCUCACAGUUCCUAAGAAGGCUACAUUGCCCUUGUCGACAGCUAGACAGCUUGAAGCUCGUCUAGUUCGUCAGCACGUCUCGAAAAGGCCUGCUUCAAAGAAGCAAGGCAAUGCGAGCAAGAAGAGACGUGUGACCCCUUUGUCGGUUAAGAGGAUUCACACACUGCGAAGUGCAGGUGUGAAGGCCGGCACCAAAACAAUGACCUAUGCAGCGGAGUGGAUCGAUGGUGUAGAGCCAGAGCAACAAAUCCCGCGUGUGUUAUUCAUGUGCUGGCAGGACACCUCACAUCUGGCUGCCAGUGAUGUCGCGUCCUGA